UCGCUCGAGGUCGAUAUGCAUCUGCUCAUCGAGUACGAUCACAAGCUGGCCGUAAUGGUGCUCGAGUCGCCCACCCGCUACCUACCGCUGUUCAGCCAGGCCUGCACAACAGCACAGACACGCGCCAAGCAGCGAUCACACCUUUCGCCCGAAUUCACUGUCAAAGAGGAUGUGCAGGUGCGGAUAACACACUUGCCCAACCACCCGUCCCUUGUGCGCAUGAAAAUCCCCGGAUCUGAAGACAUUGGCAAGCUGGUGAGCAUUUCUGGCACUGUAAUUCGCACCGGCGUGGUCAAAAUGAUGGAGACGCAGCGCCUAUAUGUGUGCGGUAAAUGCCGCGGAUCGUUCAUGAUGCCAGCAGAGGUGGAGCAGUACAACUACAUUCCAAAGCCAACUCGCUGCAUGCUACCACUGACACCGGCGACGCCCUGCAAUACUGUGCAGACUUACCAGGAGAUUAAGGUCCAGGAGCAGGUCGGCCGGCUGAUGCUGGGCACGAUUCCACGAGCAAUCGUAAUCAUCCUUGAGCACGAUCUUGUCGACCUGGCAAAGUCUGGCGAUUCAGUCACAAUCACCGGCGUCAUAAUCCGUCGCUGGCGUCCGGCAAUGGUCGGCGAGCGACCUGACAUCGCCAUUAUCAUGCGCGCCAACAGUGUGCUAGUCCAUAACGAGCAGAAUUCGCAGAUCACCAUCACCAACGACCUCAAAGACGAAUUCAGGUCCUUCUGGGAUGCCCACAAAGCGAUGCCGUUCAGCGGGCGCGACGUCAUUGUUCGUAGUAUGUGCCCACAGGUAUUCGGAUUAUACUACGUGAAACUAGCCGUGAUGCUCGUGCUCAUCAGCGGCGUGGCGCGUACCGAUCCGUCUGGGCUACGAGUGCGCGGUGAGGCGCACAUGCUGCUGGUAGGCGAUCCGGGCACGGCAAAGUCGCAAUUCCUAAAGUAUGCCGCCCAGCUGGUGCCUCGUUCGGUCCUGACCACAGGUAUUGGCUCGAGCAGCGCUGGCCUUACAGUUACAGCGGUCAAAGAUGGGUCCGAGUGGCAGCUGGAGGCUGGUGCACUGGUGCUUGCAGAUCGCGGACUAUGCUGUAUCGACGAGUUUGGCAGCAUCCGGGAGGCCGAGAAAAGCACAAUUCUAGAGGCCAUGGAGCAACAGAGCAUUUCGGUUGCUAAGGCAGGGAUUGUGUGUAAACUCAACUCGCGCUGCUCGGUCUUGGCAGCGAUGAACCCCAAAGGCAGGUUCGACGUGAACGAGAGUCUGUCUAUUAAUGUCGCUCUAUCAACGCCGCUGCUCAGUCGCUUUGAUCUUGUGCUGAUUCUGCUUGAUACCCACGAUGCUGAAUGGGACAAGACCGUUUCAGAUUUUUUGCUGCCCUCGAUGAUGGAUAUGGAUGAUCCCUCACAGGCAGCACCAAAUCAGAUGCGUGCUAGCAGCUCAUGGCCAUUCGAAAAGCUGCAGGCGUACAUUGCCUUUGUCAAAAGUUCAUUCCAGCCUGAGUCUACUUCUGCCAGCGAGCAGGUGCUGACCAGAUACUACCAAGCCCAGCGCCAAAGGGAUCAGCUCAAUGCUGCACGAACCACGAUCAGGCUGUUGGAGAGUUUGAUUCGUCUGUCGCAGGCGCAUGCACGCCUCAUGUUCCGAAACAAGGUACUAGUACAGGAUGCAGUGGUCGCCGUUGUGCUGAUGGAAACAACAAUGCUUUCUGCGUCAAUUCUGGGCUCGACUGACGCGCUACACACAAAGUUCCCUGAUGACCCUGAGGGAUUUUAUUGGGAACUCGAGGACAAUGUGCUCAAGCACCUGGGGCUUGAAGAGCUGAGCACACGCCAGUGAAUAUUGCACAUAUCCUGGUUAGACUUGUGGUCUUAUAUGUGGAUACCCUGCAUCAGCAGUCGUUUAAAAUAAAUGCAGCGCCUGGG